GAUAAUUUAGAGAUUACUAAAAAUUAGUAAUUGUCAACAAAUUUUUCAAGUCUAAAUUCACUGUAACAGUGUAUUAAAAAAUAUAUAUACAUGUACACAUAUUCGUAUAACGAUAAAUAAUAGAAAAGCAUGGAAUUUCCAAAUUACAUAAUGUUAAAAAGAGUUAAAAUUAUUUAUCACGAGCGAAACAACUUAGGUGAAGAUAUAUAAGGAUAAGAAAAAAAAAUAAAAGAGAAAACAAUCGAAGGAUCUUGUUAGGGCGAAAUGUUGAGCAAGUUCUCAAUCGGCGCCGUUACUAACGACGAAAUCAGUCUGAUAUUUAUGCGCGCGCACACGAAACAGGGACAGAGUGCAGACGGGAAAAGGAAUCGUAUCGUAAGAUAGAGUGGGAUAAUUCAAGAAAUGAGAUGCACAUAGAAAGGUGCAGAGGAGAAAACCGUGCUACCGGCAAACUGAACGCUUUAAUGCAUGUCGAGCGUUUGCUCGGAACGCAUCCGACGACAAAGAAGAACGAUAUUUCACUUUCAAGUCAACGAUUCCGACUCAAACUCAAACUGGCAACGACAAACAGAAAAAUUAAGAGAAAGAUCGUGACAGUUUGAAAGAUUGUGAUAUUUGUACGCGAAAACCAGUUCGUUUUAUGGGAAUUUUAAGAAGAUGAUCCGAUUCGUCGAUCUAUGUGCGAUUUUCUUUCUACUUCUGGUCAUUCGGUUGGAGCAAUUUUCUCUACAAAAGCGAGAGGCGUUGUUCAGCGAAGCUAGAAUGGAAGCAGAAUUUGAAAAAUGCUGUGGGCUUGGUACUUCGUGGGCUUUGGAAGGCCUAAGGUGUGAAAAGUUCACAGGGCCGGUAUCUGGAGUGCCGACAGUCGAACAAGGUCUUUGCUUAGAGGCUGUGGACAUCUGUUGCGUGAGAGCAUAUCACGAGGAACAAUGCAAGAAAGGAAAAUUCGAUGCGCAUGCUGGUUUAGCGUGUGUUUCUGAUACCAAAAGUAAACGUUCAGGGCCGGGUGAUUAUCACCGUGACUGUUGCGAAGCUUGUAAACUGGGUAUUUUAACUGGAUCUAUGGGACAAGGAUGCGCUUUUAAGAAAUUUACAUUUGGGAAUCCAUGGGAUCCUGCAUUUUUGGAAUGUUGUUACGAAGCGUCACCGAGCACAACAUCAACUUCUACCACAGAUCUUACAAAGGCAACGACGUUCAGUGAGACUACCGAUACUGAAUCAACUUCAUCUCCAUUAACAUCGACUUCCUCAUUAUCUACUGAAACAUUGGCUUCGACAUCUUUCUUCCCAUCGUUACCUACGCCUCCAUUAGAUGACAUCUGUCAACUUAUGAAGGGAUUAUUGUGUUCUGACAUUUGUGUCCCUACGCCAGGAUCUUAUUAUUGCAAAUGUUACGAAGGCUUUACUCUACUAGAAGAUGGAAAAACUUGUAGUCAAGACUUACCUACUGACAGAUGCAAAUCGAGCAAUCCAUGUGAACAACGCUGCACGGACAAUGGAGUUGCAGUUACGUGUAGCUGCAAUCCCGAUUACGUACUGGCGAAGGAUAAACGUUCUUGUUUACCUAAACCAUCGGAAAACAAAAGUACAAUUCCUGAGGAUGAUAACGAGUUUUCAUCUCUUUGUCCCGCUGGUUAUCGUUACAAUGCUACCAGUCAAGUGUGUGACGACGUGAACGAGUGUGUAGAAAAAGGAGCAUGUCCUGGUCACUGCGAGAAUAAUAUAGGAUCUUACACGUGCGCGUCCAAACAUAAACUUGGAUACGAAGAGGAUACUUGUCCUCCUGGAUACCAGUGGGAAGCCGCUACAGGUUUUUGUACAGAUAUCGAUGAGUGUCUUGUAUUACCGAAACCAUGCCCCGGAAAGAAAAAUUUUUGUGUUAACACCCAGGGCAGUUUUAGCUGUCUAGAAAUGAAGGGAAUAAAAUCUUGUCCCGCUGGAUUUAAAUUCAAUAAAUUGUCACAGCAAUGCGAAGAUGUGAAUGAAUGUGUAGAAGGCAUUCAUAGCUGUUUGGAAGGUACAGAAGAAUGUCGUAAUAUCGAUGGUGCUUACGAAUGUGAUGUAAAAUGCGAUGAAGGAUUUACUUACAGUGUUAAUUUGGGUACCUGCAUAGAUGUGGAUGAAUGCUCUGGCUCUAAUAAUCCUUGUCCAAGUUCAAAUACCACCUGCAGAAAUAUGGUAGGUGGUUACGAAUGCUUGUCUCUGAAUCAUUCUGAAUCUCCGUUUUCAAACGAUAAGUCAUUGAUUUGUCCUGCGGGAUAUAAGCCGAUAAAUGAUUCCAGGGAAGCAUGUAUCGAUGUGGACGAAUGUAAAGAACAAUUGCAUUCGUGUGAAAAUACAGAACAAUGUGUUAAUGACAUAGGUAGUUAUAGAUGCGAACUAUUAAGUGACCAUGAUGCGAAUUUACGUGGAAAGGUUGAAGAUACUCAUGCUUAUUCGUAUAAAAGGGGACAUAAAUUACUAAGUUCAAUCUUUCCAAUUGUUAAUGAAACAAGGAAUUGCGAGAGAGGUUUCAUAUUUGAUCAACGAAGUCAAGAUUGUAUCGAUGUCGAUGAAUGUAGCAAUGGUUUAUCAAAUUGUGGAAUCGGUGAGCAAUGCAUAAAUUUCAAAGGUGGAUAUAGAUGUUCUCCAGUAUGUCCGUCUGGUUUUCAGUUGUAUAACAAUAGUUAUUACUCGAGUAAAGAAUCUUGUCAAGAUAUAAACGAGUGUGCACUUGGAUUACAUUCUUGUAAUGUAUCAACUCAGUUUUGUGUUAAUACGAACGGUUCUUAUAUCUGUGAAGCAUUUAUAACAACAACAACAACAACAACAAGUUCAACAACAAUUAACAGGCUAUUAGAUAUUAAGAAGAACCAUAUAAUGCAGAAUAUGGAUGGUCACGUAUUUUCGGAACCGUGUAAACUCGGAUAUGCUAGAGAUAUAAAAAGCGGAGAAUGUGUGGACAUUGAUGAGUGCGCAGCAAAUCUGAGUUGUCGAGACUACGAGCAAUGUCAUAAUAGCCCAGGCAGUUUUAUGUGUUUGCCACUAUGUACCACUGGCUGGUAUUUUAAUACAGCGACAAAGAGUUGUCAAGAUGUCGACGAGUGUCUUUUAGGCAGACACGAUUGUCCACAGGGCACUCAUAAAUGCGUUAACACAAACGGUUCCUUUUUGUGCAAGUUAAUUCCGCCUUGCAGCAGCGGUUAUAAUCGAUCUUUCAAUGGUAGCUGCGUCGAUAUCGACGAGUGCUUGGAAAAUCUGCACACCUGUCGAUUAGAAUUACAUGAGUAUUGUGUCAAUAAAAACGGCAGCUUCGAAUGUUUGACUAGAUUACCGUCUUGUCCAUCGGGUUAUCAAUACUCCUUAACUACUAAACGAUGCGAAGAUAUCGACGAAUGCGUUCGUGGCCAACACAAAUGUGACACUAGACUUUUUGAAAAAUGCUUCAAUCUACCUGGAACUUACAGAUGUGAAAGACCUACAUCGUUUGAGCAGCGUCAACGUCAGAAACCUGCUUGUCCUUCCGGCUUCAGAUAUCAUCCUAGACUAAGAAGGUGCACAGAUAUCGACGAAUGCGCGGAAGGUUUGGACUCUUGCGUAGGUGAAGUUUGCUAUAAUCAACCGGGUGGUUAUAGUUGCGCAACACCUCCGAAGCCGAGAAUCAGGAAACCGCCUACGACAGCCUUGCCAGCACCAUCAAGCAAAAAGUGUAUGCCUGGAACGAAAUUCGUUAAGAAUCGUUGUGUCGACAUCGACGAAUGUAGGGAAAUAGAUGACGCGUGUAGUAGUAACGAGGACUGCAUCAAUACCAUGGGAAGCUACAUGUGCGAAUGCAGAAUUGGUUUUAGGCGUGAGAAUUUAACUCAAGCCUGUGUGGACAUUAACGAAUGUCAAACGCAGGAAGAUAGCUGUUUGCAAGGUCAAAGGUGCGACAAUACUAUAGGUAGCUACACUUGCACUCGAUACCUAUCGUGUGGUACAGGAUAUACUCUGAAUGCCGCCACUGAGAUCUGCGAAGACGACGACGAGUGUUUACUCGGUACACACGACUGCGGACCGGGUUAUCAAUGUAGGAACACAUUUGGCUCUUAUCGAUGCGACCGUAACCCACGUAUGCCGGGACCACAGGCUCGUAUCGAUAUCCCAACGACGCUAAUGACAACCACGACCAGUAAAUCAACAUCCAUAUCCACAUCCAUAUCUGCAGCCGUUACUCCUACUUCGUUAACUAUCCCCGGGAAGGGAACGUAUAGUUGUCUACGUGGAUUUGAGGCUGGUUCUGGAGGAAAAUGCGUGGAUAUAGACGAAUGUCAGAAAGAUCCGAACAUCUGUGGCAGAACAAUGCGAUGUAUGAACACUCUUGGAUCUUAUAGGUGUGUAUUCAAAGUAAUAUGCAGUAACGGGUUUACUUUGGACCCAACAUCAGGACAAUAUUGUGUUGACAUAGAUGAAUGCGCGAAUGGUACUCACGAAUGUACUCCGGAUCAAACAUGUGAAAAUAGAGUAGGUGGUUAUGUUUGCACUUGUCCACCAGGACACGUUGCUGGACCGAAUAAAGACUGUGUUGAUAUCGACGAAUGCAGUCUUUAUAACGUAUGUGGACCAAACAGUCAAUGCGAAAAUACCAUCGGUUCUUUUCGAUGUAACUGCGAAAGUGGUUUUGAAAAUAUUGGUGGUUUUGCUGGCGGUAAUUGUCAAGAUAUUGACGAGUGCCAAAGGACCCCUGGUUUGUGUCAACAUAUGUGUUUCAACGUCUGGGGUAAUUACAGAUGUGCCUGUAAACCCGGAUUCAGGUUAAACGCUGAUAAUCGUUCUUGCACAGACGUCGAUGAAUGUACAGAGUUCAAAGAUAACAACUUGUGUGUAGGAAUUUGUGAAAAUACACCAGGAAGUUAUGCUUGUAAAUGUCCAGAUGGUUACAAACUCGGACUUAACGGCCGUACUUGUGAAGAUAUCGACGAGUGUCAGGCAGGACCUGUCUGUAGAGGAGCAGAUGAAAUUUGUCACAACACUAGAGGUGGUUAUCGUUGCAAUAAAAUAAACUGUCCCGUGGGAUAUCACCGUGAUCAUGAAAGAAAAAACCGAUGCGUGAAAUCGUGGCCGUGCCAUAUCAACGAUUCACCUUGCCUUAGACAACCAUCGCAUUAUUCAUACAAUUUCAUUACUCUUGUGAGCAUGUUACCAAUUGCACCUAACAGACCGGAAGAACUAUUUAAAAUGAAGGGAUAUCAUCUGCCAAGCUCAACGAUACAAUUCAGUAUGGCAUUCCUGGAAGCGCGUGCACCACCUGGGGUGCAACGCGCCACAGAAUCAUGUUUCGCAUUGAGAAGGCCUGCACCAACACAGGUUAUUUUGGUAAUGACACGAACCAUACAAGGCCCCCAGGAAAUCGAACUCGAUUUAAGUAUGGAAGUUUAUCAUAAUACGAUCUUUGCCGGAAGUGCAGUAGCAAAAAUUAUAAUUUUCGUUUCUCAAUACGAAUUUUAACAACUCUUGGGAUUUAAAAAGGCAAGUGCGUAAUUAUCGACAAAUUGUCGCGUAUUUCGAUUCAUAUUUGUAUUGACAAAUUUUUUUGGUACAGUUUUCAUUAUAUUGGUAAUAUUUUAUUUUAAUUACUCUAAAGUUACUUUCAUUUCUCCACUCUUAUUUUAGAUUAUAAUUUCCUAAUCCAAGUUUAAGGAAGCAAGGUAUUAUAUUCGUAAAUGUAACUAAGAUUUAAAUAUAUAUUAAUAUCAUUUUAUAGUACGUUCUUUUUAAAAAAAAAGAGUAUUUCUCAUAUUCUUAAACUGUCACAAAGUAAUUAUAUUACAUAUUUGUUACUAGUUUGUUAUAUCUACCGUACGGUGUUUUCAUUGCAACUUUCCACGGAAAUUUUCAAAUAGUAUCUUUCCACUUUUAAUUUCCAACAUGCAAAAAGAAGUAUCCAAGACGGGCAGGAAUAGUUGUAGAAAAUGUAAAAUGAAUCAUAACGAAUGGAACAAUAAUUUCACAUUGUAUUUUCGGUAAAUAAAUCGAUUUAUAUGUACAUAGGGUAUAUGUGAGUUUGAACACGUAAAAAAGCGAAAUAAAAUCACAUUAAUCGUUCUAAAUUAACUUUCUCCACGUUACUGUACUUUGUAAAUAUGUACCUUAUCAAAAUCGCAGUUUUAUAACACGUUUCAAUAACGAAACGUUUCUUUUCGUUAUAUUUAACAAUAGAUUUAUCGCUAGUGAUCAUACUUUAUGUACGUAUACAGCAAUUUUCAAGAGAACCGAUCAUAUUCACUAUAUCUAAUUGUCUAAUUGUAAGUUAAAAGUAACAAGAUUUCUAAAAUAUUUACGCAAUUAUUGUAAUUGUACAUAUGUAAUUACAUAUGGUGGUAUAUACCACAUACCAUAUGUAUAUACAUGUUAUAUCGUCCAUAUUAAAUUUAAAAAAUUCUGCAUACUUACAUAUAAUACGAGCAUGUAAAUAUACGUGUAUUCUUUUGCUGCACACCUAAAUAUUUGAUUAUUCCUUUUUCCCUUAUGAGAUGUAUAACCUAAUGCUAACGAAAUAGAGAUCUUUAGCAUUCACUGCUAUCUGGUUGCACAAAACAGCCACAGCAUGAUUAGCGGUGGAAAAUAUCGAUAAAAAGUAAAAUAUAGCUAACAGAAUAUACAUAAUUGCGUGUCAAUCUAAAUUCAUAUAACUCUACUUAUAACCUACAAACGCGUAAGUCUCCAUCAGCAAUAAUAUUAUACGUGAGAUCCGUAUUAAUGAGUUUCUAUGUCAAUAGAUAAUAGAUGCUUCCCAUUCUUUAAACUCAUCAUAACAUUUUUAUAAUAUACAAGCUUCAGUUCUGACUUCGUGCUUAAAAACAUUUUCUAAAAAUUAAUCUUCUCUUAAGUGCUCGUACAUGUACAUUUUAUUUCAAUUGCCAUUUCAUUUACAGUAAAAGCAUUUUAAAUCGCUAUGUUUCAUAAAUGCACACUACUAUCUAUUUUGCGCAUAAAAAAGAUUCAAUAUUGAUAUACAUAUUUUUAACAAGCUAACAUAAGCGAUAGUAUCCAACUUUCAAGGAAAGCAUCCAACGGUAGAUUUUAUAAAGUAAUCCUAAACUGCUUUUAUAGUAGUUAUACAUCGAUAGCUAUUAACAAGUAUACUUAUGAUAUAACUUAUAACAUAUGUGUAUGUGUGUUUAUAAACGUGUGUGUAUAGUGGUAAUAUAUGUAUAUAUAGCAGCAUAAUAUUGUACGUAGUAUAAUGGUAGGUAUAUAUGUGGGUUAGUAGUAACAUAUUACUACUGCCAGUACUACUAAUAAUGAUAAUAAAUCUAAUUAUAACAGCCUGCAUGCAGCAAGAAUACGUCGCUGUGGCAUAAACAUGUGGAUGACAAUUUAUUUUCACCUAUCCUCUUCACUUUUAUACUCUUAUCCUAUCGAAAAACCGCGUGAAAAUCGGCGUGACUAGGAUUACUAAAGAUCCUUAGAUCUCUUGAUUAAGCAGGUGCGAACAAUUCCAAGUUUUAAGUCAAUUUUUAGCCAUAUUAACAGACUAUUUUAGUAGCAAUGCAAUUAAAACAUAAAAGACGUAUCAAUAUUUGAAACAUGGAAAUCAUUUUAUAAAUGAAAAUUUAUUUUGUGUCAAACAUUACAAAAUAUACAUAUAAUUUAAUCAUAAUAUCAGCUAAAUUCAAUUUAUUAAUAUACGUUGCAUACUGCUUAAAUUAUUAAUCAAGUCCACUUUUUCCAAUAACUUUUGACAUUAAGAAUUAAUCGUUUUUAAGAUAACAAUUUCGUCCAAGAGAAAGAUAAAGAAUUUAGCACGAUGUUUAUAUUUUGAAAAUUUAACAUUAAAAAAAUUUUUAAUUUAUAUAGCACUGAAGCUAUCAAAAGCCAAAUAUUAUUAUAUGUAAAUAAUAAACUGACCCUUUUUUAUAUGAAUUUGGAUUUAAUUUCAAUUUAUUACCUAAUUCGCACUUGCUUAUUUGUUAGUAAUUAUCAUCACAGAGAUGUCAAACGAAUGUCAAUUUCGAAUAAUUGGGUAUAUCGAACCGUAUCAAAAACAUAUCGAAACGGUAUGAAUGUGACUCAUAUAUAUUUAUAUGUAUCGUACAUAUUACUACAUGUUGCCAUUCAUUAUAAUUCAUAUGUAUAUUUACUGCGUACUUCGAGUUUCAGUUUCUGUAUAAAUUAUAUAACUUAUUAUCGCCCUACUUUACUUGCAAUUAGUCCCCGUAAUUUACAGAAAACAUUUACUAUAGUUUAUUAUCAAAACCAUAUGCCAAGCUAGUUAAAGUGUUGGGUAGAUUAUUUUUUUUAUUUUUCGUUGAGAUCUUUUUCGGAAUCUUUUUCGUUCCGUAAUGACAAAGUUGCAAAAUUGUAAAUGAAUUUAUUAAGAGAAGUGAAGCUAUUUGCUUUUUUUCAUUUGUGGAAUUUAAAUACUAAAUUAUACGUUAACAACGCAAGAAUGCUAUUCUAUGAUCAAAUGAUCAAACAAUUAAAAGAAUUAAGAAAAAGUAAUUUUUGUGAAAAUUUACGGGGACUAAUUAUAUUAAAUAAACGAGUGAUUUACAUACAUAGUAAUUUUAACAAACGAGCGUUUGGCACCAAAUUUAUCAAAACAAAAAACUGUUCUACAUAUGUGUUAUAUGUAUAUGUAUGUAUGCCAAUUUAAUUGGUCCGCUUAACUUUACAUGUUCACUGCUAUUAGUAUCAAAGGAUAGAUGCUAUUUAAAAUAA